AUGAAAAUCUUUCAAGUUUCUUACCAUAGAAUCUCUAAACACACUUUCUUUGUUUCCUUAGGCUUCCAUCUCAGUGGUACAGUAACUGAGCCAGCUACUACUUCUGAACCAGCAGUGACUUACAAAGUUGCAAUCAGUUUUGAUCGAUGCAAAAUCACCUCAGUGACAUGUGGCUGUGGAAACAAAGACAUAUUCUACUGUGCUCAUGUGGUGGCACUCUCACUCUACAGGAUCCGUAAACCAGACCAAGUCAAAUUGCGUCUUCCUAUCUCAGAAACCCUUUUCCAGAUGAAUAGGGACCAGCUACAGAAGUUUAUUCAAUAUUUAAUCACGGCACACCACACUGAAGUUCUUCCUACUGCGCAGAAAUUGGCAGAUGAGAUUCUAUCUUCCAACUCAGAAAUCAACCAAGUGAAUGGUGCCCCUGACCCCACAGCUGGGGCCAGCAUUGAUGAUGAGAACUGUUGGCAUUUGGAUGAAGAACAAGUGAAAGAACAAGUGAAACUCUUUCUCUCCCAGGGUGGUUACUAUGGCUCUGGAAAGCAACUCAAUUCAAUGUUUGCCAAGGUUCGAGAGAUGCUGCGGAUGAGAGAUACCAAUGGAGCCAGGAUGCUGACGCUGAUAACUGAGCAGUUUAUGGCUGACCCACGACUCACACUCUGGAGGCAGCAAGGAACAAGCAUGACAGAUAAGUGCAGGCAGCUCUGGGAUGAGCUCGGGGCCUUAUGGGUAUGCAUCAUUUUAAACCCACACUGCAAACUGGAAGAAAAAUCCUGUUGGCUGCAACAACUGCAGAGGUGGAGUGACCUGGAUGUCUGUCCCCUGGAGGAUGGGAACUAUGGGCAUGAGUUGCCCAACAUCACCAAUGCACUUCCCCAGAAUGCCAGUCACAGCCCAGACUCCUUAUCCAGACCAAGACGAACAGUGUUCACUAGAGCCAUCGAGGGCCGUGAAUUACAUUGGCAGGACAGCCAUUUACAGCGAAUAAUAAGCAGCGAUAUAUAUACAGCUCCUGCCUGCCAGCAGGAAAGCGAGAGACUACUGUUUAAUUCCCAAGGCCAGCCACUUUGGCUUGAGCAUGUGCCUACAGCCUGUGCUCGGGUUGAUGCCCUGCGUUCCCAUGGUUAUCCAAAAGAGGCUCUCAGACUCACAGUGGCCAUUAUCAAUACUCUGAGGUUGCAGCAGCAACGGCAGCUGGAAAUCUACAAGCAUCAGAAGAAAGAACUGUUACAGAGAGGAACCACAACCAUCACAAACCUGGAAGGUUGGGUGGGCCAUCCACUGGAUCCCAUUGGCUGCCUGUUUCUCACUUUGACUGAGGCCUGCCGUCUGAACGAUGAUGGCUAUCUGGAAGUGUCAGAUAUGAAUGAAAGCAGACCCCCUGUGUACCAGCAUGUACCUGUGGCUACAGGCUGCCCAAACAGCCAUGAGUCCUACCUGUCAUUGGCCCUGGAAGUUGCGCUGAUGGGGAUGGGUCAACAGAGGGUGAUGCCUGAAGGCCUCUACGCACAGGACAAGGUGUGCCGUAAUGAGGAGCAGCUCCUAAGUCGACUUCAGGAGCUACAGCUGGACGAUGAGCUAGUGAAAACACUGCAGAAACAGUGUAUCUCACUACUGGAAGGGGGCCCCUUCAGUGGUUUAGGAGAAGUCAUUCACCGAGAGAGUGUUCCCAUGCAUACCUUUGCCAAGUAUUUAUUCUCAGCUCUGCUGCCUCAUGAUCCAGACCUGUCCUAUAAAUUAGCCUUACGUGCCAUGAGGUUACCUGUUCUAGAAAGCUCAACUUCUACAGGAGACACUUCUCACCCUCAUCAUAUGGUAUCUGUGGUGCCCAGCCGUUAUCCUCGCUGGUUCACGCUUGGACACUUGGAAUCACAGCAGUGUGAACUGGCCUCCACCAUGCUGACUGCUGCCAAAGGGGACACUCUGAGGCUCCGAACAAUUCUGGAUGCAAUACAGAAGCACAUCCAUUCUUCCUCCCUCAUCUUCAAACUGGCCCAAGACGCAUUCAAGAUUGCUACUCCCACGGACAGUAGUACUGACAGCACUCUGCUCAACGUGGCUUUGGAGCUGGGGUUACAGGUGAUGAGGAUGACCUUAUCAACUCUUAACUGGAGGCGCCGGGAGAUGGUGCGGUGGUUGGUGACAUGUGCUACAGAAGUGGGUGUGCGGGCCCUGGUGAGCAUUUUGCAGAGCUGGUACACACUCUUCACUCCCACCGAGGCUACUAGCAUUGUGGCUGCCACAGCUGUAUCUCACACCACUAUCCUGCGCCUCAGUCUUGACUAUCCACAGCGGGAGGAGCUAGCUAGCUGUGCUCGCACACUGGCUCUACAGUGUGCCAUGAAGGAUCCACAGAGCUGUGCCCUGUCAGCCCUUACACUCUGUGAGAAAGACCACAUUGCCUUUGAGGCAGCCUACCAGAUCGCCAUUGAUGCUGCCACUGGUGGCAUGACACAUUCACAACUGUUCACCAUUGCCCGCUACAUGGAGCUCCGUGGCUACCCGCUACGUGCCUUCAAGUUGGCCUCGCUGGCCAUGAGCCAUCUCAACCUGGCGUACAACCAGGAUACCCAUCCAGCCAUCAAUGAUGUGCUCUGGGCAUGUGCCCUCAGCCACUCUCUGGGCAAGAAUGAACUGGCGGCCCUCAUUCCCCUCGUGGUGAAAAGUGUGCACUGUGCCACAGUGCUUUCAGACAUCUUGCGGCGCUGCACAGUGACUGCACCUGGCCUGGCUGGUAUCCCAGGCCGCCGCAGCUCUGGAAAGCUCAUGUCCACUGACAAAGCUCCACUGCGCCAGCUGCUGGACGCCACCAUCAAUGCCUAUAUCAACACUACACACUCACGCCUGACACACAUCAGCCCUCGCCACUAUGGAGAGUUCAUUGAGUUUCUGAGCAAGGCUCGGGAGACCUUCCUGCUGCCCCAGGAUGGCCACCUGCAAUUUGCCCAAUUCAUCGACAACCUCAAACAAAUCUACAAAGGCAAGAAGAAGCUGAUGCUGCUGGUACGAGAGCGCUUUGGCUGAGAAAGCAGACUCAAUCACUGCCAGGGCAGCCUGGGCUCCCAGGUACCACAGGUCAGGCCAAGGACACCAAAACAUUUGUCCACCCUGAGAGGACUCUGAGCACCUGUGGCUGAAGCCAAAGGACCACAGGGCUAAGCAUGGGAGAGUCCAACUCUAGCCAAUAUGCCUUCCUUGGCAAGGUUCUCACUACAGCCCACUGUUCCUGAAGGAACUGGGCCCUGCAGAUCGAUCAGAAACCCCACAACAUGCCACCUCACGCCCCUAUAUCCUGCGUGUCCUGGGCAUUGGCCCACUCUCCCUUGGCAAACACAGAACACUGUUCCGUCUCAGGGAUUGCUUAACCAGAGAAACAGAAGCAUUUAUGGUACUGUAAAUACUAUAGUAUAUGUGUUGCCAAUUACAUUGUAAAGUUGUAAC